GUCCUCCGGUCUUGUCUCCCUUCUUGUCACUGUGUCCACCUUGUCUCCCAUUUGUCUCCCUUGUCUCCGGUCUUGUCUCCCUUCUUGUGGGUCAGUGUGUCCGUGUUGUCUCCCUUCUUGUCUCUCUUCUUGUCUCCCUUCUUGUUUGUCAUUGUGUCCGCCUUGUCACCCUUCUGUCUCACUUUGUCUCCGGUCUUGUCUCGCUUCUUGCUGGCCUUCUUGUCUCCUUUGUUGUUGGUCAUUGUGUCCGCCUUGUCUCAAUUCUAUCUUCCUUCUGUUUCCUUCUUGUUUGUCAUUGUGUCCGUCUUGUCUUCCUUCUGUUUCCUUUUGUCUCCCUUCUUGCCUCCCUUUCUUGUUGACGUCUCAAAAGGUGGACUUGGGAAUGCUUCGUUGUUGUCCCAUCUGUUUGGGCCUGCGGUGGUGUAACUUAAAAGUGUUGGCCAAACACAUUGGUCGCGGUGGAAACAAGUUAUUGCGCAAAGCUCCAAGGUCGACGCAAAUGCGGUUCAACAAAGUUGGGGCACACCUUCACCAACCAUUCCGCCUGAGUUGGUAGGUUACCUUGCUGAUCUCGGAGUCAAGCAUGUGUGUGAAAUGUAACGAGACAAAAUAAUUGUUGCCUUUGCGUGCAGUAGUUUCUUAAAAGUUAACGCGUUGAACAUUCCCUGUUGAAGCUUGGAGUGGUGUAGGGAUCAAAGCCGAAGCUGUGGCUUGGAUAUGUGUCGCGGCUGGGUAGGGUAGGGCGGGGUUUGCUGAUGGAUUGUGCGAUGUGGUAACGCCUAGCGGCUUAGCAUCGCACAUGGCUGGGCCACUUGCAGAUUUGGGAGUGGCGCUCAUUGAACAUGAGCUGUCCAGCGCGAAGAAACGCCUUGAAGAAACCCGAGCGAGACAUGAAGCAGCAGUUUCGCGAGUCGAACAACAUGACAGUGGUUUCAAGAUGGAAGAAGAAGAAUGGACGGCUUCCCAAAUGCAACGGCACCGUGAGCAUGAUGCAGCAUGCUUGUUGCAGAAUUGGUGGUUGAGAGUUGGGAUGCGCAGAAUGCAGCUGGUACCUUUGAUGGACAUUUUGGAGCAGCAGCGGCUUCAGCUGGCCAAGCGCCAGCUUGACACCGUGCUUUUGGAUUUGCGCCACUGCGUGCAUGGCUUGCACAUCGAAGAAUCUGAUCGACAAACUGCUUGCCUCAAAAUACAACACUGGUGGCGCAGAGUGCUGGCACAGCGAGUGAUGAAAGUGAUUGCAUUCUACGGGACUGUUCGAAAAGUGAAGCAGCAGAUGGAAGAAGCUGCAUCAAAGAUCCAGGCUUUGUACCGUGGGGUGUGUGCACGUCGGCUAGUUCAAGGGAUGCGUGAAUCCAAGCAGGUAGCUGAAGCUGAAGCUGAAGUUCGAAUGGAGAAGAUGAAGAUGCAGGCCAUCCUUAGCAUCCAAAACAGCUACCGGAAGAGUGUUGCGGUGAAACAAGUACAAUUGCUACGCGCACAAAUGUUCGCCGCGAUGAUGUCACAAGGGGGAGCGGGCGCAGAUGCACACCAUUUGGGAAGCAAGUUGCAGCCCAAUUCUUCUCGACCAUUGUGGUUUAAAGCCAACAAAAAGGCAGACACGCGUAAAAAACGCUAGUCAAGACAAUGCCAGACUAUUUUUGCAAAGGUUAUAUAGCUAUAAAUGCACAUACUUAUAGUGAUUGAACUGGCAGUUGCUGCAUAAACUGUAGUAAUUUCACAAGAGUAGCAGGACCGUCACUCUAAACCGGCUGUCGCGAAAGAGGAUCAGACCCCAUCGUUGCACAAUUCGUUUCUUGUUUCACUUGCUGCGGCAGACAAAGUUUGCCGAGUGAAAUAGACUCGGACUCGGCCCUGCUAUGG